CUUCGCCGUCCCGCUUCCGUGCCGGCUGGGCUCGCUGAUUGGCUGCGCUGGGGCGGACCGCCGGGGGCGAGGCCCCUCCUCUCAGAAAGGUCUAGGGGGCGCCCCCGGGGGAGGGCGGUUGCCUAGCAACGGGGCGGUGGCUCGGCGGGUACCCGGCCUAGUGAGCGCGAGAAGCCGCGAGGCCGCAGCUGGCCCACCCUGGGCUCCGGAGAGGUGCAGCCCCCGGCCCCGGAGCCCUCCCGGGGGCGCCAGGAAGCCACUUUGGGCCUGUCCCCAGGAAAACGUGGUCUCAGCUGUGGGGCCGUCGAGCAGGCCUCGACCCCUCUUCCUGACCUGAGGAGAGGCCCAGCGCCUCACCCUCACCCAGUCUUUGUGCAGGGCGCCGGCGGCCAUUGUGUCCGGGCGGGGAAUGGAGGACCCGGCAAUCCCCCACCGCCACGUUCUGGGCCUUUGGGGAAUUCAGAGCAAACCAGCGGCAUUUGUGGGGGGUCUCCGGCCUUCAACCUCCCAGACAGGCCUGGGGGUGGCCUUCCCAAAGUCAGAUCGCAGAUCCGAGGCAGUUUCCCCCUCCCUGCGUCCCUCACCGAAACCUUGAACCCCAUUGAGAAGUCCCUUCAGGGUUUCGGACGCCUCCACCUCACCCUGGGCUGGUGCUUAAAUAGAAAAAAGAAAAGAAAAAAAAAAACAACCAACUAAAUCCAUACCAGCCACCUCCGGGAGAGUACUCCUGGCUCCCAGUAGGAGGCGGAGAGCCAAGGGGCGUGCAAGAGCGAGGGGGCUGGGCUCCCGGGUGGCAGGAGGCCGCGGCUGCGGAGCGGCCGCCCUCGAUCCGGGCGAUGGAGGAGGAAGCAAGCGAGGGGGCUGGUUCCUGAGCUUCGCAAUUCCUGUGUCGCCUUCUGGGCUCCCAGCCUGCCGGGUCGCAUGAUCCCUCCGGCCGGAGCUGGUUUUUUUGCCAGCCGCCGCGAGGCCGGCUGAGUUACCGGCAUCCCCGCAGCCACCUCCUCUCCCGACCUGUGAUACAAAAGAUCUUCCGGGGACUGCACCUGCCUGCCUUUGCCUAAGGCGGAUUUGAAUCUCUUUCUCUCCCUUCAGAAUCUUAUCUUGGCUUUGGAUCUUAGAAGAGAAUCACUAACCAGAGACCAGACUCAGUGAGUGAGCAGGUGUUUUGGACAAUGGACUGGUUGAGCCCAUCCCUAUUAUAAAAAUGUCUCAGAGCAACCGGGAGCUGGUGGUUGACUUUCUCUCCUACAAGCUUUCCCAGAAAGGAUACAGCUGGAGUCAGUUUAGUGAUGUGGAAGAGAACAGGACUGAGGCCCCAGAAGGGACUGAAUCGGAGAUGGAGACCCCCAGUGCCAUCAAUGGCAACCCAUCCUGGCACCUGGCGGACAGCCCCGCGGUGAAUGGAGCCACUGGCCACAGCAGCAGUUUGGAUGCCCGGGAGGUGAUCCCCAUGGCAGCAGUAAAGCAAGCGCUGAGGGAGGCAGGCGACGAGUUUGAACUGCGGUACCGGCGGGCAUUCAGUGACCUGACAUCCCAGCUCCACAUCACCCCAGGGACAGCAUAUCAGAGCUUUGAACAGGUAGUGAAUGAACUCUUCCGGGAUGGGGUAAACUGGGGUCGCAUUGUGGCCUUUUUCUCCUUCGGCGGGGCACUGUGCGUGGAAAGCGUAGACAAGGAGAUGCAGGUAUUGGUGAGUCGGAUUGCAGCUUGGAUGGCCACUUACCUGAAUGACCACCUAGAGCCUUGGAUCCAGGAGAACGGCGGCUGGGAUACUUUUGUGGAACUCUAUGGGAACAAUGCAGCAGCCGAGAGCCGAAAGGGCCAGGAACGCUUCAACCGCUGGUUCCUGACGGGCAUGACUGUGGCCGGCGUGGUUCUGCUGGGCUCACUCUUCAGUCGGAAAUGACCAGACACUGACCAUCCACUCUACCCUCCCACCCCCUUCCCUGCCCCACCACAUCCUCCGUCCAGCCGCCAUUGCCACCAGGAGAACCACUACAUGCAGCCCAUGCCCACCUACCCGCCACAGGGUUGGGCCCAGAUCUGGUCCCCUGCAGUUAGUUUUCUAGAAUUUAUCACACUUCUGUGAGACCCCCACACCUCAGUUCCCUUGGCCUCAGAAUUCACAAAAUUUCCACAAAAUCUGUCCAAAGGAGGCUGGCAGGUAUGGAAGGGUUUGUGGCUGGGGGCAGGAGGGCCCUACCUGAUUGGUGCAACCCUUACCCCUUAGCCUCCCUGAAAAUGUUUUUCUGCCAGGGAGCUUGAAAGUUUUCAGAACCUCUUCCCCAGAAAGGAGACUAGAUUGCCUUUGUUUUGAUGUUUGUGGCCUCAGAAUUGCUCAUUUUCCCCCCACUCUCCCCACACUAACUUGGGUUCCCUUUCCUUCCAUCCCUACCCCCUAAGAGCCAUUUAGGGGCCACUUUUGACUAGGGAUUCAGGCUGCUUGGGAUAAAGAUACAAGGACCAGGACUCCCUCCUCACCUCUGGACUGGCUAGAGUCCUCACUCCCAGUCCAAAUGUCCUCCAGAAGCCUCUGGCUAGAGGCCAGCCCCACCCAGGAGGGAGGGGGCUAUAGCUGCAGGAAGCACCCCAUGCCAAAGCUAGGGUGGCCCUUGCAGUUCAGCACCACCCUAGUCCCUUCCCCUCCUUGGCUCCCAUGCCCAUACUGAGGGACCAACUGGGCCCAAGACAGAUGCCCCAGAGCUGUUUAUGGCCUCAGCUGCCUCACUUCCUACAAGAGUAGCUUGUGGCAUCUCUGCCUUGGGCUGCUCCUCAUGGCGGGUUCAGGGGACUCAGCCCUGAGGUGAAAGGGAGCUAUCAGGAACAGCUAUGGGAGCCCCAGGGUCUUCCCUACCUCAGGCAGGAAGGGCAGGAAGGAGAGCCUGCUGCAUGGGGUGGGGUAGGGCUGACUAGAAGGGCCAGUCCUGCCUGGCCAGGCAGAUCUGUGCCCCACACCUGUCCAGCCUGGGCAGCUAGGCUGCCAAGGUCAGAGUGGCUUGGCCAGGAGCUCUUCAGGCCUCCCUCUCUUUUCUGCUCCACCCUUGGCCUGUCUCAUCCCCAGGGGUCCCAGCCACCCCGGGCUCUCUGCUGUACAUAUUUGAGACUAGUUUUUAUUCCUUGUGAAGAUGAUAUACUAUUUUUGUUAAGCGUGUCUGUAUUUAUGUGUGAGGAGCUGCUGGCUUGCAGUGCGCGUGCACGUGGAGAGCUGGUGCCCGGAGAUUGGACGGCCUGAUGCUCCCUCCUCUGCCCUGGUCCAGGGAAGCCAGCCGAGGGUCCUGGCUCCUGAGGGUCACCUGCCCCCUCCCCCAACCCCCACCCCACACUUGUUCCAGCUCUUUGAAAUAGUCUGUGUGAAGGUGAAAGUGCAGUUCAGUAAUAAACUGUGUUUACUCAGUGAA